AUGUAUGACUCCUUCGAUAAUACAUAUCAAGCUACAAUUGGUAUCGAUUUCCUUAGCAAAACAAUGUACUUGGAAGACAGAACGGUCCGUUUACAACUCUGGGACACUGCGGGUCAGGAGCGUUUCCGAUCAUUGAUUCCUUCUUACAUUCGGGAUUCCACCGUCGCUGUAGUAGUCUACGACAUCACAAGUAUGUAG